AUGGUGGCAUAUCCCUUUGUCGUCAGAUCUGCGGACGUGACGAUAAGGAGCGUGACGCUCGAAAGAGAUUUUCUGGGUAUGAACGCGUUUGGCGUGGAGGUGUACAUGGAGUGUGUCAACGAUAAUGUGAAGAUUACGUUGCCAGGAGUGGCAACGAAAGGCGUCGCUGUUAACUACACCGGUCAAGAGGCAUGGCAGCCUGUGAUGAAGCUGAACCCGGGGGAGUGCAAGAGGUGCACCGUUUACCAAAAGAAGAAGGCUUUCAAUGUCACCUCGUGGAUGGCUGAUGCCCCUACCACUGAGGAGGGCAAUUACGAUGUGACCAUGUACGUGGCGAUUGGAGCGACGCUGCUGUCAGUGGGGGUGGUGCUGUUUGUCGGAAUCAUAGUGUUUUAUUUUUGGCGCAGGGCGAAGGUGGCUCAGAAGGAGGCGGACAUGUACAGGGACCAGGCAGAGAAGAGUCUGGAGAGAGGUGCAAGUGACGGGGGUGACCUUCCAGUCUCUGGGGAGGCUAGGGUAUGA